AUGUCAUUGGAAGGUCUUCUCUAUCCUGAUAACGGUCAUCGUACAGAUCGUCUUAACACACUCAUUAACGAUACAUCCUUGUUUUACAAUGAGUCCUCUAGAUAUUUUGAAGAAAUCCAACAAAAGGUAACUAAAGCCAGUACCCUUAUUCAAGGUUUGUAUGCAAAAUUGAGUCUUCCACCACCACCAAUGUCAUCAAUUCAACUUACUGUUCAGACAGGUGGUGUAGGAGAAGAUACCAAAUUUGCAAUGAAAGGUGUUGCCAGUUUGAUCACAGCCAUUGGAGUAGGUAAAUUUGUAAGUGCCCAACUCGAGAGAGCAGCUAUCAGCUACUUGGUAGCCACAGGCAGAAUUGGUAUUGCAGCAUUCGCUCAAGUUGUUGGUUUACCAACUUGGAUGAGGGUUGUAUGUUUCACAGGUGCUGGUGGUGCCUCUAUUGUUCUUUCUCUCGUAUUGACUGCUGUCAUUGAUAGUAUUGAUGGUGCUGUUUGUAGAAGCAACUUGAGAAACUCAAUUAACAUUCAAGUACCUGCUCGUGCCUCAAUUUACAAGGCCAACAGAUUGAAUGCUAAAUUGUUCGAGGAUCUAUCCAACUAUGUUGCUGUACUCAAAUCAAUGAAACAAAAUGGUUGUACAGAGGAACAAUUAGAGAAUGCACAAAAUAACUUUGCACAACGUGUCAAAAAACAUGCCAAACAGCUUGACAAUGAUGAUCAAGGCACAAUCAAUAACUUGAAAAUCCUCGAUCAAGAUCGUGCUAGUUGGACAAACGAAGACCCAACUGUUGCAGUACCAAUUGUCGUUUAUCAGGACACUUCAAACACCAACAUGCAAGCUGUUCAAAAUGUUGGUGAUGAUGUUGUUCCAAUAGUUGUUGCUGAUAAUGCUGCUGAAAAGAAGGAUCAUGCCAAGAUUAAGAAAAUAUUGCUCUCACUUGGUUAUACUGCUGACCAAUUAGAAAAAAAAGAAAAGUAA